GCAGCCUCGUUUUCAUUUUAACGAACAAGCGUGUCAUGACGUCAUUUUGUCAUCAAACGCGUUGGACAACGUGUUAGCACGACGGUUACGGCUAACUUUAUGGAGCAAAUGAUUGUGGAGAGUGUUCACACCCUGGUGGAGCACACACAGCGGCCGCAGGAGAACACACGCAGGAUGUCGCUGGUCGACCUUGGCAAGCGUCUGCUGGAGGCCGCUAAGCGCGGCGAGACGGACACGGUGCGGGCUCUCAUGUCGAAUGGUGCGCCAUUCACGACAGACUGGCUGGGAACGUCGCCGCUCCACUUCGCUGCCCAAUUUGGCCACCAGGACACGGCCGAGGUUUUGCUGCGGGCAGGUAUCAGCCGCGACGCACGCACAAAAGUUGACCGCACGCCGCUCCACGUGGCCUCGCAGGAAGGACACGCCCAGAUUGUGCAGCUUUUGCUUCAGAGUAAUGCAGACAUCGACGCCAAGGACAUGCUGAAGAUGACGCCCCUCCACUGGUCCACGGAGAAAGGCCACGUGCCCAUCAUCGGCAUCUUGAUCAAGAACGGGGCGGACAUCACGCUGGAGGACAAAUUUAACCGUACCCCGGUGGACAUAGCACUGGCCAACGGUCGCACUGACAUUGCCCAGCUUCUGCAGCUACACCACGACGCCUCGGGCGUCAUCGAGGACCCUGACACCAUCACCAUGGAAACGCCCGAGACGCUGGUCACGGAGACGGUGUCGACCAGCGAGGCCGUCGAGGGGCUGGUCAUCGACACCGAUAAGUUGAUCAAGUCAGAGCCUGACGACUCGACUGACCAGAGUUCCACAUCUGUACUUGCCACAUUGGCCGCCCUCGCCGAAGCAACAGCUCCCAACUCUUCCAAGGCGGGCAAGAUCGCCCUGAACCAGUUCAUCCAACAGGAGGCGGUGAUGGACGCAGGGGAGGGAACCACGGAGGACCACGCAGUCAUGGGGGCGGUGACGGGGGAGAUCACUGAGGAGACUAUCGUGGAGCAUGGGGAGGACGGGGAGGAACACAAUGUGAUCACCAUAGUAACGGCGGACCCCAGCGCGGUGCACGCGGGCGAGUCGGGCCAGAUCAUGGUGGAGGAGGGCAUCAUACAGGAUGCGCAGGGAGAGGUGAUCUCCCACAUCACCGAUGAGGACGGCAACGCGCUGGUCAUUGAGGAGACCAACACGUCCCUGGCCACCGUACACGAGAUGGAGGCUCCCGAGACGGUGACGGAGGAG